AUGGAGCUCAGUCAACUUCCUCUUGUGCUCUUGCUGAUUUCAAUCAUUCACUCCGGACAAACUGAAGAAAAACCAAAAGCCAAAGUGACCAUUAAACCUGCUCAACAUGUAUUCAGAGGAGACACAGUCACUCUCAGAUGUGACAUAUAUGGUGAAGGAGUCACUAGCUGGAGCUACAGCUGGUAUAAAGAAGGUUCAAUCAGUGUUUUCAGUGAUCAACAGGAACACACAUUCAGUUCUGUUACUGAGUCUGACGCAGGUAAAUACUCCUGUAAUGGAUCAGAGACAGAAGGAUCACGCUGGUCACAAAUGAGUGAUGCAGUUACACUGACAGUAUCAGAAAGACCAAAACCCAAAGUGACCACUGAACCUGCUCAACAUGUAUUCAGAGGAGACACAGUCACUCUCAGAUGUGACAUAUAUGGUGAAGGAGUCACUAGCUGGAGCUACAACUGGUAUAAAGAAGGUUCAACCAGUGUUUUCAGUGAUCGACAGGAACACACAUUCAGUUCUGUUACUGAGUCUGACGCAGGUAAAUACUCCUGUAAUGGAUCAGAGACAGAAGGAUCACGCUGGUCACAAAUGAGUGAUGCAGUUACACUGACAGUAUCAGAAAGACCAAAACCCAAAGUGACCAUUAAACCUGAUCAACAUGUAUUCAGAGGAGACACAGUCACUCUCAGAUGUGACAUACAUGGUGAAGUAGUUACUAGCUGGAGCUACAGCUGGUAUAAAGAUGGUUCAACCAGGAUUGUCAGUAAACUACAGGAACUCACAAUCAGUUUUGUUACUGAGUCUGACACAGGUAAAUACUCCUGUAAAGGAUCAGAGACAGAAGGAUCACGCUGGUCACAAAUGAGUGAUGCAGUUACACUGACAGUAUCAGGCCUAAAACCAGCUCUAACUGUUGAGCCUCAGAGUUCAGUGUUCACUGGAGACUCAGUUACUCUGAGAUGUGAGAUGAUUCAGUCACACAAUGGAUGGGAGUUUCUCUGGACAAAAGACUCAAACCGUGAAUCUACUGGAGCUGCAACAAAAAUAAUCAAACUUGCAAAAGUCUCUGAUGGAGGAGCGUUCAAGUGCAGAGCACGAAGAGGAAGAUAUUACACAGAUUACAGUGAAUCAGUAACAGUGAGAAUAUACGGCAAACCAAAACCCAAAGUGACCAUUAAACCUGCUCAACAUGUAUUCAGAGGAGACACAGUCACUCUCAGGUGUGACAUAUAUGGUGAAGGAGUCACUAGCUGGAGCUACAGCUGGUAUAAAGAAGGUUCAACCAGUGUUUUCAGUGAUCGACAGGAACACGCAUUCAGUUCUGUUACUGAGUCUGACGCAGGUAAAUACUCCUGUAAAGGAUCAGAGACAGAAGGAUCACGCUGGUCACAAAUGAGUGAUGCAAUUACACUGACAGUAUCAGAUCCCAAAGCGGUUUUAAGUGUUUCUCCACAGAAGUGGUUGACUGAAGGUGAUCCAGUGACUCUGAACUGUGAGGUUUACAGUUUCUCUACAGGCUGGACAUUCAGCUGGUUCACUUUAACUGUCUCAGCAGAGAACAGCCGUCAUUAUAAUCUGCUCUCAGACAGCAGCAGAGGAGCAGGAGGAAUCUACACUGUCAGUUCUGCUGCUCUAAAUCACACAGGAGUUUAUUCGUGUACAGCAGAGAGAGAGAAACCAGCCUAUAAAACACAGUACAGCAACACACAGCUGCUGUGGGUCACUGGUGUUUCUCCUCCAGUCUCUCUGAUCGUCAGUCCCAGCAGAACUCAACACUUCACAUCUGUCUCUCUCUCUCUGAGCUGUGAGGACCAGAGUAACUCUACUGGAUGGAGAGUGAGAAGAUACACUGACGGUGGACGGCUGGAAUAUUGUUCAUCAUUAUAUCGAGGAUCACAAACAGGAUCUACAUGUACAAUCAGCUCCACCAUCACAUCAGACACUGGAGUGUACUGGUGUGAGUCUGAAUCUGGAGAGAAACAUCAUCCUGUUAAUAUCACUGUACACUCUGAUGUGAUUCUGGAGAGUCCUGUUCAUCCUGUGACUGAAGGAGAUCAUCUGAUUCUACACUGUUUAUAUCAACAUACAACCUCACCAAACCUCAGAGCUGAUUUCUAUAAAGAUGGAUCACUCAUCCAGAAUCAAACUACAGAGAUGAGCAUCACUACUGUCUCAAAGUCACAUGAGGGUUUCUACUACUGCAAACACCCAGAGAGAGGAGAGUCACUCAAGAGCUGGAUCUCAGUCAGAGCUUCCACAGACUCAAGAUCCAAUGGUCUCAAACCCAUAAUAACUGGAGUGACUGCAGGACUGACUGUCAUAUUUUUGAUCAUUGUCUUCUUGAUCCUGCUGUGGCGCUACAGAAACAACAAAGGUGCUGGAUCUAGUGAUGUGACAUAUGCUCAGGUGAAAUAAAAAUGCCAAGAAGAGAAACUUUCAAUCCCAGGAUACUGAUGAGUUUCAAUCAUCAUCAAUCAUUUAUAAUCUUUGUGAUACUGAGCAUGUGAUGGCAAUAGAUUCAUCAGUACUUGAUAUUAGUGACUCAAACCAUCAUGUGCUUCAGAAAGUUUGUAUGCUAAUAUUUGAUUAUACAUUGGAGAAAAAAGAAUGAUUAUAGUUUAGUAUUGCAGUGUGUAUUGAUUUAGGACUUGAUAUUAGCAAAGGCAGUGAAAAUGUUUCCUUUUCCUGAAAAAACUGGGAAUAUUAAAGAGUUUUAAAAUGUCCAUGUCUGGAAAUUUAUUUUUAUAUUUUUAUUUGGAAAAUAUAUAUCUAGUUGUCAGGAUUGUGUUCUGUUUUGUCUUGUUUUUCCUAGUGUUUUUCCCUCCUGUUUCUAGUGUUUUUUGCUUUCUUCCAUUUGUUCCCCCUUUUGCUUUUUGAGAUUUGGUUUAGUCCGUGUUUCCCCCCCUUAGGUUUUGUUUCUUUUGGUUUAGUCUUGCCUAUAUUUGUACUUCCCCUCGUUAUCUCGUUUGUGACCACUCCCCUGUUUCUGUGUAUAUAAGGUUUGUUUGUUCCACACGGUCUUGUCGGUGAUUAGAUUGUCUUCAGUUUGUUUUGCUCGUCGUUGGUUGCUGGUUCCCGUUGUUUCCCUGAGUCUGUUCCUUUGGAUUGUUUAUUAAAAGUGCAUUGUUUGGAUCUCCGCUCUCCUGCGUAUCUGUUCCCGCACACGACGUCAAGCGUGACAGAAUCACCGACCACAUUACAACAUGGAUGCCGAGAGGAGGAUUAUGAGUAUUCGGCGGGGGAUGAGGCCGGUGGAACGUUAUGUGGAGGAAUUCUUGGAUGUUUGUCAUCUGGUGAGUUGGAGCGAUGCCAUGGUUAAUACGUGUUUUCUAAUGGGGCUAAAUGAUUCCCAGUUGCUCAGUUCCAUACCCUAUGAGGAUCGCUAUAAACCGGUUGCUGAAUUUAUCAACCAGGUCCUCACCCUCUGUCAUUCCGAUUUUUACGUGGAUGUGAAAGAUUCCAAUCUUUCCCCCAUUAGAGAACACGUUGCCGCUCCAGCCCACCAUCAACCGGCUUCCUCCACAUGCCGUCCCAACCGGUCCGCUCCCUCUGGUCUUCCUGCGCUUCCUCCUGUUCAUACUCCCUCCUCUCUCAUCGUCAGUCCGGAGAUCGCGG